UUAAAGCACCGGCGGGAUCGGGAGCCGGCUGCAGCCACCGGCGGAGCCAAACUUGCCGAGUCAGGAUGUGAGAGCGGCAGGGACGGCUCUGCAGCAUCCUCGGGUGCUGUCGCAUCCCGGGGCGCGGAGGGCUCGGUUUCCCCCUCUGCCAGGCGCCUUUUCCCGGGGACCGAGCGGGAAUGGGGUAGGAGCCGUCAUCCGCUGCGUUCGCCGCCGGCUCCAGCAGCUGCACCGGCGCCGCUUCCCGAGCCCCGCGGAGCCCGCAGUCCGCCGGCAGCCGGGUUUGGCUCGUUGCCUUGUGCCUCCCGACCGCGCAUCGCCCUGCGUCCGAGCACCGGAGACAGGGGUGAGGCGGCGAGUGGCUCCGGGGAGCCCAGGCUGGCUCCAUGUAUCCCGAAUCCACCACUGACUCCCCAGCGCGACUCUCGCUGCGGCAGACAGGCUCCCCAGGGAUGAUUUACAGCGCGAGAUACGGGAGCCCAAAGCGCCAGCUCCAGUUCUACAGGAACCUCGGGAAGUCUGGGCUGCGUGUGUCCUGCCUGGGUCUGGGAACAUGGGUGACUUUCGGAGGGCAGAUCACAGAUGAGAUGGCGGAGCAGCUGAUGACUUUAGCUUAUGACAACGGCAUUAAUCUCUUCGACACGGCAGAAGUCUACGCUGCUGGCAAGGCCGAGGUGGUGCUGGGGAACAUCAUCAAGAAGAAAGGGUGGAGACGGUCCAGCCUGGUCAUCACCACCAAAAUCUUCUGGGGAGGAAAGGCUGAGACGGAGAGGGGCCUGUCCCGAAAACACAUCAUAGAAGGUCUGAAGGCGUCGCUGGAGCGGCUGCAGCUGGAGUACGUGGACGUGGUGUUCGCCAACCGCCCCGACCCCAACACGCCGAUGGAAGGGGACCCAUUUAGUUCCUCCAAGUCCAGGACUUUCAUCGUAGAAGAGACAGUGCGAGCCAUGACCCAUGUCAUCAACCAGGGGAUGGCCAUGUACUGGGGGACCUCGCGCUGGAGCUCCAUGGAGAUCAUGGAGGCGUACUCGGUGGCCCGCCAGUUCAACCUGAUUCCGCCGAUCUGUGAGCAGGCCGAGUACCACAUGUUCCAGCGGGAAAAGGUGGAGGUGCAGCUCCCUGAGCUCUUCCACAAGAUAGGCGUUGGAGCCAUGACCUGGUCCCCAUUGGCCUGUGGCAUCGUCUCGGGGAAGUACGAUGGGGGCAUCCCCCCCUACUCCCGUGCCUCGCUGAAGGGAUACCAGUGGCUGAAGGACAAGAUCCUGAGUGAAGAGGGCCGGCGGCAGCAGGCAAAGCUGAAGGAGCUGCAGGCCAUCGCUGAGCGCCUGGGCUGCACCCUGCCCCAGCUCGCCAUUGCCUGGUGCCUGCGCAACGAGGGUGUCAGCUCCGUCUUACUGGGGGCCUCCAAUGCCGACCAGCUGAUGGAGAAUAUUGGAGCAAUACAGGUCCUUCCAAAGCUGUCGUCUUCCAUCGUCCACGAGAUCGAUAGCAUCCUGGGCAACAAACCAUACAGCAAGAAGGACUACAGAUCCUAAAGCGCGCCCGAGCGCGCCGCCCGCCGCGCAGCCCUCGCCGCCCGUUCGCUUGCUUACGCUUUGUUGGAGCAAAGUGGAGAGUGUGGUUUGCACCGCGAGCGCCGAGAGCCAGCGCUCUCGCCCGCGCUGCCCCGGACAUGGCACCGCAGCCGCCCGGCCCGGUUCUGC